AUGACAACCAGCGAUACAGCGGAGCAGGUGUAUGAAAGCGACGCCAACGUCGGCGUGAUACUGGACUUUUUACUGGAUUUGGUGCUGUACGAGUUGCCCUCCUCGACCACUGCGGGUGCGAUGAUUUAUGGCUUGAUGACGCCGCGAGUGGAGCGACUGCAACGCGUUAAAGUGACCGAGUUAAAACGAGAAACUCUUUACGAACGUCAGCUGCACGCUCUGAAGCUUGUAAAAGAGAUGGGAAUUUCGACAAAACUCAAGCUUCCAGUCUAUUUCGCAGGUAGUGCUUCUUUCCACCACGCAGUGAAGGCGUUUAGCGAUGAACAACUAUCGUAUUUGGUUAAGUACGAAGAAAAGGAGUUGGAGGAUGCAGAUGUGAUGCGUCGACUGAUGACAUUGGUGCUUGGCAGUCAAGUGGCUCAAAGCUCUGGGGCUAUCGAGGGCGAUGAUGCACUUCUGUUGAUGAACCGAACACGCUUGGCCGACGCCAGUAUAUUGCAGACGCUGACACUGUUGUCAGUCUCCGAAGCAGCGACGAACGUCCUACCUUUGAUGUUGCAACUGUUGUGCCACUUAAUGUUCGGUACUGAGCCUUCCCGACCGCCAAAUGUGGAGAGCAAGAUCAAGUUAGCGAGUGUGCGGUUAUGUCAGUGGACUUUCCACCAUUGUCAGCUACCUAUGCUGGAAGGUUUACUGGGCCCUGUAAUGUUCCCAACGUUGUUACGACUACUAAUGAAUCCACAUACCGAGAGUGAGGCAUCCAGCGCGGAAUUUGUACGGGAAUUCCGCCAGGGUGUGUACGAGACGCUGUCAGUUCUUGCAACGCGUGUGCCCACACUGGUCGCAGCGUCGGAACAGGCUUUCCAGGUGCUGCUUGUGCGUUGUCUUGCCGAAGAAGAGCAUCGCACUGGUGCCGGUGCGAACGCUUUGAAGGCGUUUACGACCUUAGCGGGUGCGUACGCGGCGGCAGCGUCACCGGAAGUGAGAAGUAAAGUUCAUCAAGAGCUGGUUGGGCUGUUAAAUGGCUCGAAACUAUUUGAUAGCGGCAAGAAUUAUGCUCGCGUACGAGCUGCGAUUGCUGCCUGGUGUGUUGAACAGUUGACGACGUCAGGGUCCGGUGGGAAUGAUGAUAUUACGAUGCGGUUUGCUGUGCUACGGCUGAGCGCAGUUCCAGACGAAGAUACCCGACGUCUGUCGGAUAAAGCUUUAUUCGCCAAGCCACUGCCAUCUACUGCUGCACUGGCAAGAAGUUUGAGCGCAAAUUUCACGCAGAAGGACUUAAAGACGAGCAUGCAUGAUGCAGCUGAGAGCUGUGUGCGAUUCUGCGUUGAAAUCAUGAAAGCCUCGCCAGACAGCAACCAAGAAGACAGGAGCUGUGUGGUGGAGUACCUUGUACAGACACUGUUGGGGAUAGCAGAGUCCCAGAAUUCCGCCACAGCGACGUCUUCGUUGGUGUAUGAAACAACAGCAAGCGCUCUGGUGGAAGUGUGUGGGUUUGACGCUGACAGUAUGAGUGCCAUUUUGGCUGGUCAAGCGAAGGACCUUUACGAUGUUGUUGUGGUCAGCCAAGAUCGCGCGUUCCUGUCGAAUAUUGCGGCAAUUGUAACGUGUUCAUGCAGCGAUGGGUCGUUCACCGUCAGCCGGAUCGUGGCAGAUAUUAUUAAUGUUGGCAUGUCGAGACUCGAUACAAGCACAGGAAAACAACUGUCAGGGGCUGUAUACAUUCUUGGAAGUGCAUUGGGCUACCUUGGUGGGAAUCCUACUCUUGUGAAUGCUGCUUCGAGUCAAGAGAUGCAGAUGCUUUUGGCUUGUUUCCAGAAGAUGGCAGACCUUUUGGAGAACAAAAUCAAGGAAGGAUCGAACUUUGCUUCCUAUCCGAGAAGUGAACUUGCACUGAAUGAGCACGUGGGGCUACUACGAAGUGCCAUUGAUGCCAUUGGUAUCAGUGGUACACUACAGAGCUUCACGCGAGGACUUGAGUCUAGCGAAUGGAAUCGUCUAAAGAUCAAGACGCUCGAGUGUAUGAGGCAAGUAGUUGAGUGGAAGUUAAAGGCUGUUCAUUUCGAAGAUCAACUGAGUCCUAAGCUGGGAGCGUUAAAGCGAGUCGCAAUCGAGAAUCUCGGCCGAGCUGUGUCAGGAUUACCAGGAAUGACUACGCCCUCUGAGGUAUUUACAGCUCUCGAAGAAGUCCUGAACGCUCUGCUUAGUCUCGGUAAUGAAGAGGAUACCGAGCUGCAGUUUGACGUUGGCGAAGGCCUCGUCGCUCUUGGAACUCACGAUGUUAGUGAAGAGUUUACAACUGAUCGCCAGACCAAGUACGCCCACUUUGCAGAAAACCGUGCCGCUGUAGUUUUUGAGCGAGUUCUGGCCGAUUACGCGGGAUCUCGACAGCCCAAAGUUCGUCGAAACGCUACGAUUUGGCUGCUCUGUAUGUGUGCAGCUGGUCUAGGACCAGUUUCUGAUGGUGGGGAUGCAGUGAUGUCUACUACGUCGUGGAGAAGUGUAUUGGGAUCCCCUGCUUACUCACAGUCAGUGCUGGAGGUACACGAAUUCUUUGUGACGAUGCUGAACGAUGCGAACGAAGUCUCAAAGGAAAGCGCAGUGAAGGGCCUUGCUUACUUACGACUGCGCGCACCGACCGAAGAUAUGGGCGUUCAGUUCAGCGACAGUUUAUUCCGUCGACUGCGAUGCUUCCGAGCCUUUGCGUCUACUGCUGAUGCUGUUGAUGACGAUGAAAAUGCUGCGAAUACGGAUAGAGGGAAUGACCCGACUGCUACUGCAUCGUCACCUAGCUCUACCGUUGAGAACGCAGCAUAUCGUGAGGUCAGCAACGUAGCAGCAGAUGUUGGCGACCCGGAGCUCAUGUACGCGCUGCUUUACUUGAGCACAGCGGAUCCAAUAUGGGGGUCCCUGGCAUCGUCAUCUCGUACGUCUCUGCGAUUCAGCAAGUUCUCUUUUGUUGUAACAGACAAAGAAUUCCGGGCUUCAAUCGUAGCCAAAGCAGGCAGUCAAUGGAUGUCUGAGGACUACUCCAACAAGACGAAACUGGUGCCUUGGCUGUAUCUGCUCAAGUUCCACUCCAACAGCAAGGUAGCUGCCGUCAUGGGCAACUUGUGGGAGUUUGCGAAGGGGAACUCGGUCACUGUAUCAACAGCAAAAGGAGAGAAAACGUUGCUUCGACAGAACUGGACGCUUCUGUUUCAGUUCGCUUUGGCACGGCUGGAAAACGCCCGCAAUUUCAAGUAUCGUGAAGCUGCGUGUCUUGCACUUGUUGACCUGCUUAACGGAGCUGAGGCUGACGACGUACGAAGUGACUUCUUACGCCUCUGGAAAACUGCGUCACGUACGGUAGACGAUGUCAUGGAAGCUGUUGCGCUCUCUGGAGUCAAGCUGUACCGCUAUCUCGGUGAACUGAGUUUGCGUGUGGCUGCAAGCGACGCAACGUGUCGUUCUCAACUGCUGGAAUUCCUGGUCGGAGACGGGAUCGUAAACAAAAACACUAUCUGUCGCGCACUCAACACUGAAGGCUGUGGACAUGCAAGACCGCUUGGCGCCGCUGUUGUUGAAGCUUCUCGAGUACUUAUCAUCUCUGGAAAUGCCUGA